AUGUGCAAACGAUCUGGCAUCAGAAAAGAGAACGAGUAUAAGAAGAAAGUAAAAGAUGAGAUGAACGAGAAAACAAAUUGUUUGCAGAGAAGGUUCAUAGGUGGGAGUAGUAAUAGUAUUAGAUCUGCAUACGACAUUAGCCCAGCUAAGCAGCAAUCGAUCUUAAAAAAGAAUAUGACUCAACAUCCUAAAGUAAUCUGUUUGGGUAACCCAUUGUUGGAUAUCCAAAUUGACGUUCAACCAUCAUACUUGGAAAAGUACAACUUGAAGAGCAACGAUGCUAUUCUAGUUGAACAAAGCUCUAACAAGUCUAUAUUGAACAUUUUCGAUGAGAUCGUAGAGAUGGAGGGUGUCAAGUUUGUGGCUGGUGGUGCUGCUCAAAACACUGCUAGAGGUGUUGCGUAUGUGUUGGGUCCUGGCCAAGUUGGCUACUUCGGUUCUGUUGGUGAGGACAAGUUCUCCGCCAGAUUAUUGAAGGAGAAUGAGGCUGCCGGUGUGGCUUCCUUCUACCAGGUUCAAAAGGACAUCAGUACUGGUAAGUGUGCUGCUCUAAUUACUGGUCACGAUAGAUCAUUGGUGACUGAUUUAGCUGCGGCCAAUCACUUCACUCCAGACCACUUGGACAAGCACUGGGAUCUAGUCGAAGCUGCUUCUUUGUUCUACAUCGGUGGUUUCCACUUGACUGUGUCCCCAGAGGCUAUUGUCAAGUUGGGUAAGCACGCUCAAGAGAAGGGUAAGCCAUUCAUCUUGAACUUGUCUGCACCUUUCAUCCCAGCCUUCUUCAAGGCUGCUUUGGAACAAGUGUUGCCAUACACCACCUACGUCAUUGGUAACGAAUCUGAGGCUGCCUCCUAUGCUGAAUCUUUUGGUUUGGACUGUGACAAAGAAGACUUGGAAGCCAUCGCUAAGCACAUUGUCGGGGACUCCAAAACAAGAACCGUCAUCAUCACCCAUGGUCUAAAACCAACCGUUGUAGUUUCUGCUGAGGGUUCAAAGACUUUCGAUGUUGUUCCAUUGGACUCCUCUAAAAUCAAAGACACCAACGGUGCUGGUGACGCCUUCGCAGGUGGUUUCGUCGCCGCUUUGGCUGAAGGUAAGUCUUUGGAAUUCGCCAUUGCUCAAGGUCAAUGGUUGGCUUCUUUGUCCAUCCAAGAAGUUGGUCCAUCUUACCCAACUGAAAGAAAACAAUUCAACUUAUAA